UAGAAAAUCUCUCUUCAUAUAAAAAUAUUUAUGAAGAAAUAUUUGUGAUAUACUUGGUUGAAGUACAUAUACAGAUAAAGUGUGGCAACGUAAAAUAAUAUUUACGGCGAAAAUAUCUGAAGGCGAAUUUAUCUUUAAUUUGAAGGAGUUUCAAAACAACUGGCAUUCGCUUUAUAACGUUUGUCGCAUAAAGACGUAUUUGCCGAACAAAGCUAACGAAAGCUAUUUACAAACUGGGCUUAAAACGACAUAAGGUAUAGAAACGUUAAGUAAGAAAAAGAGAAGCUAAUAUCAUUAGUUAGAAAAACUAGCCAACAGCAUCCGUGUUUUAAGUGGUAAAGAAAGAGAAAAACGAUUAUUUGAAGUGCAAAGUGAUUUCUUGACUCAAAAGCUUGUACGUAAGAGCGUUUUUUUAUUAAUCUUUAUUAGCAGCUUAGGGUGUGGUACAAGAAUUAUAAAAAGUAUUCAAUAAUUUAAAUGAUAAAAUUCUAUUAAAAAUUUAAAAAUAUUAAGCGAUUUUGUAAGAAAGUGAUAAACAAUUUUUUAAAAAUUUAACAACUUGUGAUAAUGUUGGCUAAGAGUAAAAAUAUGUUGGUAAGUUGUACUAACACCUGCGCUGUGCUUAUCACACUCUGCCUGUUGCUGGUCCAAAGGACGCAUGCUCAACGUACGCCAACUAUAUCGUAUAUAACACAGGAACAAAUUAAGGAUAUUGGUGGUACAGUGGAAUUUGAUUGUUCCGUUCAAUAUGCAAAAGAGUACACCGUGCUUUGGAUUAAGACUGAUACAGAUCCUGUCUUCCUUUCGACUGGCUCUACGCUGGUUAUAAAAGACUCACGUUUUGCUAUGCGUUAUGAUCCAAACUCUUCUACUUAUAAAUUACAAAUAAAAGAUAUACAAGAAACUGAUGCUGGCGUCUAUACCUGUCAAAUAGUUAUGUCCGUGACGCAUAGUGUGAAGGGUACUGUAAAACUUUCAGUACGACGACCACCAGUCAUAUCUGAUAAUUCCACUCAGUCAUUAGUUGCAAGCGAGGGCAAUGAAGUGCAAAUGGAAUGCUUUGCCAGUGGAUAUCCAACGCCAACAAUCACCUGGCGUCGUGAAAAUAACGCCAUUUUACCUACAGGUAAGCUUAAAAUUUUUUUUCUUUUACUUAAUUAGUACAUUAAGUUCUUUUAACAUACUAGUAUAACUAGAUACAUAAUUUAUAAGAAUUUCAUGUGUAUGGAGCGUACUAUUGACUCAUUGAUGCACAUUUUUAGUUGACCUUAGAUACGAGUAAACAAAUGGAGGAGAUGGGGGUAUCGCGUGACUAGUCACAUUAAAUUGUAUGUGGCAAGUAAUGCACAUGUAUUUUUUGCUUUUAAUUUAUGAAGUCGAUAAACCUUAACGAUAUAUUCUGUACAGAUUCUGGAUUACUGACUUUACUUAGAUAAAUGUUGCAUAUUUUGUAAAAUAAAAUAA